GGCUACGUUCCCGCCAGAUAUUUAAGUUUCGUUUCCAGCGGUCACUGAGAGUUCCCCUUCCCGCACGCGGCCUUUCUCCGAGGUCCAUUUAUUCUUUCCGAGAGCGAAGAGCGGCUGAUAUGGAAGAUCGGCGUAGAAGGACGACGGCGCCCCGCGCUAAGAAGCCGUCAGCGAAGCGCGCCCCGACGCAGCCCACCGAGACCGGGGCCACCCAGUCCCACACAGGGAGCUGCGGCCCGCAAAGGGGGGCGCGAUCACGGCGGGCGGAGCGUGACGGGGACACGACGGAGAAGCCACGCGCCCCAGCGCCCCGAGCGCGUCCCGGAAGGGCCACUGUGCGCAUCAAGGAUGCACAGCCCUCGGCCACGGACGCGGCAGGAGCCACGGAGCCGCCCGCUGUCCCGGUGCCCCAAAGGCAAGACAUCCUGGAUUUAGAGCUACCCGCCAUGCGGGAGCCCCAGCGGCCCGCGGAACCCGAGGCGCCGAACAUCGUAAGGGGACCUAGCCACCGAAGGGGCGCGCGCUCCACCGGGCCGCUCAGAGCUCCGCGAGGAUCCAGGAAGGAGCCGGACAAGCUAAAGAAGGUGCUGGACAAUUUGAGAUUGAAACGCGAAAAAAUCUCGGUGGCAGCCAAGACGGUGAAUAAGGUCGUGGAUCACCUGCUGCGCAGAAUGCAGAACCGGGAGUCGGAGUUCAAAGGCGUGGAGCAGCUGAACACUGGUAGCUACUAUGAACAUGUGAAGAUUUCUGCUCCUAAUGAAUUUGAUGUUAUGUUUAAACUGGAAGUCCCCAGAAUUGAGCUGGAAGAAUAUGGCAAUACGGGUGCUUUCUAUCUUGUGAAGUUCAAAAGAUAUCCACGAGGAAAUCCGCUGAGGCAUUUUUUAGAAGGGGAAUUCUUAUCAGCUACCAAGAUGCUGUCAAAGUUUAGGAAAAUCAUUAAGGAAGAAGUUAAAGAAAUCAAAGAUAUAGAUGUCAGUGUGGAAAAGAAAAAACCAGGAAGUCCCGCUGUAACACUUCUUAUCAGGAACCCUGAAGUAAUAUCUGUGGAUAUAAUUCUGGCUUUGGAAUCAAAAGGCAGCUGGCCUAUUAGUACCAAAGAAGGACUACCUAUUCAAGGCUGGCUUGGCACAAAAGUGAGGACCAAUCUCAGACGAGAGCCGUUUUUCCUUGUACCCAAGAACGCAAAAGAUGGAAAUGGUUUUCAAGGAGAGACCUGGCGCCUCUCUUUCUCUCACACUGAA